CCUUCUUUUUUAUAUUUUCACACUUAAUAAUCCCAUUUUUUAAGUGGUCGUCAACAGAACCAGACUCGGAUGUGGAAGAACGAGGGUGCUUAUGACAAAGGAUUAUACAAGCAAGCCACACCAUACUUUUUCUCUAAUUUUCCAGAUGACUGGAGCUAUGCAGACAUGUGGAGAAUUUUUCGAAAAUAUGGAAGGGUGUAUGACAUUUAUAGUCCCAACAGAAGAAGCAGAAAUGGGAGUAGAUUCGGGUUCGUGAGGUUUUUAGACGUUAGAAACAGAAGGGAGCUGGAAAUGCAACUUGAUCAAAUCUGGGUUAGAGGCCAGAAGCUAUGGGUGAACACACCAAGAUAUGAUGAUGUGAAGAAAAAAGAAGGGGAGCGGAGGGAGUAUCAUGCCGUUGCCCCAAAAAAUCAAGACAGAAGUUAUGCAGAAGUGGUGCGGGGAGUACAGGAAAGCGGACCGAAAAAGGGGAGCGAUCUGCUGCUUAAUCAAGAGGUUGAAGGAAGGCCAACAAGCAGUAGAAUCAAAACUAAGACUGAACAUGGAAGCUUCGAAAAUAGGAAAGUUUGGAAGAAAAAAGGAAUAGGAAAAAGGUGGGAGGGAAUGGAGUAUAAUGCAAAACCAGAAGACUAUGAAUGGCUUAAAGGGUGCUAUGUAGGAACGGUUCAUUCCGUUGAGAUGGUUCGAAAUCUCCAGGAGAAAUUUUACAUGGAAGGGUAUUUUUCCUGUCGGAUUCGAGCAAUGGGGGGGAAGAUGGUCUUGUUAGACUGUGAGGAGAAAGAAGAACUGAAGGAUCUUGUGGAAAUGGCCUCAGAUUGGCUAAGCCAAUGGUUUGAAGAUGUGCGCCCGUGGACACCGGAAUCAGUAGCAAAUGAGAGAUUCGUGUGGAUUAGAUGCCAAGGGGCACCUUUAAAUGUAUGGGGGCUGGACUUCUUUGCAAACAUGGCCUGCUCUUGGGGAAAAUUCAUCUGUUUAGAUGAUAACACAAGCAAAAAAAUGAGAUUUGAUAUAGCAAGAUUUUUGAUAUCUACUCCAAUUAGCAAUACAAUCUCAGUUCGGCGCCAAAUACAAAUCAAUGGGAGAAUAUACAAUCUGAAAUUCACUGAAGAGGAAUUUACAAAUAGUUUUUUUUCCCUAAAACAUGACUUUUUCCCAGCAUACCAAAGUGAUUCCGAAGAGAAUGAAGGAUGGUCCACCGAAAGUGAGAGGGAGAAACACGGGUCUGUAUUGGCAGAGGAGUUUGCCCAGGUGAAUGGAAGCUGUCUCCAGGAAGAUGAUGAUGACGUGGCGGGUUGGCAAAGAAGGGAAAUGGAGAAACCUCGGGAACAAGCCACAUCGGGGAAAGGGAAACAGUGCAACACAGAGGAAAACAGCCUGGAACACAUUCAAAAUUUGAAUGAGGUUGAGUUUAGAGUAGGGGCAGAGGAGGCGUGGCUGCUGCAGGGAGACGUUGCUGUGUCAGGAAGAUUGGGUGUUGUGGAGGGAGAAUAUCUGGGCCUUUGUGAGCAGUCCGAGCUGAAAGAAGACAGCACAAAGUUGGGCCCGGGUGCUAAAUCCAGGCGGACAGAAGGCAGCUCUCAGCUGGGCCUUAGCGAGCAGGAUCCGACGGAAACAGGGGGGAAGCUCAAGCCACAAGCUGAAAAUACCGAUUUUGAAGAAUCAAUAAAUUUGGGCUGGACUCAAACACAAAAAGGGAAGGUAAUUAAAAGCCGGUCAACUAUUGAGGGCUCUUCUAGAAAUAAGGAGGUAGAACAGAACAGCUUGGACAUUGCAGAAGGGGACCCAUUCUGGAACGGGUUUGAAGAAGAACAAAGAGGCAUAGAAGAGUGGAUCAAGAAGCAAACAGAGGAGGGCUCAACGAAGAAGAAAAGAAGGAUCAAGAUGUGUAGAUCCGUGUAUGCUAAAUCAAGAGCAGUGGGUAUGGGUCCAAAAUUAAAGAAAGGAAGAAGAAAACAGGGCAAACAAGACGCAGAGGGGAGAUCCGAGCCAAGCUUUCUACCUGGAUCAAAGGGGAAGAUUGCAGGCGACUCAGUAGGUGAUAGUGGCAUCCAGAACUGCAAUAGAUGUUUGAAGAAGCAAAUGAAGAAUAAUUUAGUAGUGGAGAUUUGGGACCUUGCGAAAAAGCUAGGGGCAGUGGCUGAGGAUGAUAGGGAGAUCAUUCAAAGAAUUGAAGAGAUGGAGAGUAGAGACAGCCGAGACAAAGCAGAGAAGGCAAAUCACGGUUCUGGAGAGGCGAGGAAGAUUAGGGAGUUAGUUAAGAAGGAAAAAGUGGAGUUUUUAGCUAUACAAGAAACGAAGCUGCAAGCUGUAGAUAAUAGUAUAUGCAGAGGAGUUUGGGGUACGGAUGACAUGGAUUGGAUUUCAAAACCAGCGGCGGGUAUGUCGGGUGGUUUGCUGUGUGUCUGGAACCCUAAGGUAUUAAAAUUGACAGAGGUGAUUGAGGGAGAUAAUUUUAUAGGGGUGACUGGUGUAUGGGGAGAGGACAAAAUACUGGUGCACAUUUUGAAUAUUUACUCACCUUGCCAAGUGACGGGUAAAAGAGCCUUGUGGGAGGAACUACAGCGUUUAAUUUUGAGUAGAAAUGGAAAUUGGUGCCUUGCAGGAGAUUUUAAUGCUGUAAGAAGUAUAGAAGAAAGAGCAGGAUGUAAAGGGAUGAAUGUAGAGAUGGAAGAAUUUGGUGAUUUUAUUCACAAUGCAGGGUUAAUUGAUUUACCACUGGGAGGGAAGGGAUAUAAGCUUAAGGAGAAACUGAAAAUGACCAAGAAGGCACUGAAGGAAUGGAGCAGCAAAUCAAUGACAGAUGUGGAUAAAAAAAUCAGUGAAUCUGAAAUGAUGAUAGCAGAAAUAGAUGAACAAGGAGAGAAGAGCACAUUGUCUGCUACUGACAUUGAAAAAAGAAGAAAUGGCUUUUUAGAUUUAUGGAAGCACUUGAGAAUAAAGGAGAGAAUGUGGCAGCAAAAGUCAAGAAUGGCGUGGCUGAAAGAAGGGGAUGCGAACACAAAGUUCUUCCAUAGACCAAGGCUGGAUGGGAUUAGUUUCAACCAGAUUUCUGGGGUUGACAACGAACUCCUAACAGCCGCAUUUUCUGAAGUGGAAAUCAAACAAGCUAUAUGGGAUUGCGGUUCCUCAAAAUCCCCAGGCCCGGACGAUUUCAACUUCAAAUUUAUUAAGGAGAUGUGGGGAGACAUCAAAUCAGAGAUCAUCGAUUUCGUACAAGAGUUUCAUAGGCUCGGACGACUUGUAAGAGGAUCGAAUGCAUCCUUCAUUGUAUUGAUUCCAAAAGUUGAGAACCCACAAAGGAUAGAAGAAUUCAGACCCAUUUCGCUCAUUGGGGUCAUGUAUAAGAUUAUAGCAAAAUUGCUGGCAAAUCGCCUUCGGAAAGUGCUGCCAAAGAUCAUCGGGGAACAGCAAAUGGCUUUCAUCGGGGGUAGACAGCUAGUGGACGGAGUUGUGAUAGCGAACGAGGUCAUUGAUGAGGCUAAGAAAAAGAAGAAAAAGAGCUUCCUGUUCAAAGUGGAUUUUGAGAAAGCGUAUGACAAUGUCUGUUGGGAUUUCAUUGAUUAUAUGAUGAGGAGAAUGGGAUUCAAUACAAUCUGGAGAAAUUGGAUACGGGAAUGUCUAGCAUCGAGUUCGGUUUCAGUUCUCAUUAACGGAAGCCCAACAAAUCAAUUCCCGUAUAAGUUAUCUAUAUAUGUAAGUAAUUUCACAUGGUUUCAUGCUUCAUUAUUGGUGUUUAGAGAAAAAGAGCUCGAAGAAACGUUACCACGGCAUAAACACCAGCUGCAACCGCACCCAACUCGGCAAGGUGCUCAAGAUUCUUGUGAUGCUUCUCCUCUUUCUUGUAAUCAAUUUCUGGUAAGUAUGCGGUUCCAGGAUAGGCCGCCGUAUUGGGGUAGUAGACGGAGGUUCCAGGAUAGACCGCGGUAUUGGGGUAGUAGACGGGGUUCUCAGAUGGGGCUUGCUCCUUGUGGUGGUGGUGGUGGUGGCGGCGGUGGUGGUGGUGGUGGUGGUGCAUCUCCUCAGCCAUGUAGGAGGUUUCGGCGUUGAAUUAGCUACAAAGACGAGCGCACAGGAAAUGAAAUCAGGAUGUGUUU